CCUGAAGUUUUCAACUUAAUCCAAGAGAGAAUCGUAACUUCACGAUCCAAACUUUCGAAUCAACAUCAAGGCCACGAUGCAAUACUUGAAGAAAUUAAUAGGGCGCUCAAAUCAUUAAUUCCUCUGAUACCUUCACAACAUAUUGGGAAAUUGCAGCAUUAUUCUGAAAGUGAAACCCAAGAACCUCGUACACGUCCUGGUUUUACUGAUGAAUCAAGUUGUUAUCGUGCUCAAAUAAGAAAAACCCAAUUUAUAAAUCCAAAAGCUAAUAAUCAUGUUUUUCAAGUUAUAAGUGGUGAACAAAAAAUAAGUGAAGAAAUGAAAUGA